GUGACAGGCUUUGGUAACAUGAUAGUGAAUUUCCUUCUGCGCACUUCUUGUGGCAUGCAUUUCUAGAGGAAUCAUUGAAGACAAGGCAUCAUUUCAGACUAUGCUGAAUUAGAUGUCAGGUCUGGAGAAGAAAACGGAGUGAAACCAGCAGAGAGAAUGAACACUGUACUGGAGUCUGUCAAUAAUUCUUGGCUGCCUCGGGAUUCCUCUCAGAUUUUCCAUCUAGUACUUCUUCUGAGCUUCACCUAUGUCAUCCUGAAAGUUAUCAAAGUGUUUUGGCGCAGACAGCAAGAUAUCAAUGCUCUCCGAUGUUUUCCAUUGCCUCCCACACACUGGCUGUACGGUCAUGUCCACAAGAUGUCACCAGAGGAAGAGUUCUUGACUACAGCAGCCUGGGCAGAAAAAUACCCACAAUGUCAUCAGCUAUGGUUUGGACAAUUUUUAUAUGCCUUAUACAUCAAUCAUCCUGAAUAUGCGAAAGCGGUCUUUAGUAAAAAUGAUCCUAAAGUUCUUCUAGUAUAUGGCUUCUUAAUUCCAUGGAUUGGAAAGGGCUUGUUGAUUCUGAAUGGUCCUAAAUGGCAGCAACAUCGGAAGCUGCUGACUCCAGGCUUCCAUUAUGAUAUUCUCAAGCCUUACAUCAAUGUUAUGGUUGAAUCGGUCAAGCAAAUGCUGGAUAUCCUGGAGAAGCAGGUAUCAAAAGAUAGUACGGCAUCAGUGGAGAUAUUCAAACAUGUCAGUCUGAUGACUCUUGAUACCAUCAUGAAAUGUGCCUUCAGCAAUAAGAGUAACUGUCAAACAGAAAGGGAUAAUGCCUAUAUUAAGGCUGUCUAUGACCUUACCUACUUGUUUGAUCAGAGGCUGAAGUCGCCAUUGCUCCACAAUGACUUCACCUUCCAGUUUAGCUCCCAGGGGCGCCGGUUUUACAACGCUUGCAAAAUAGCCCAUCAUCACACAGACAAUGUAAUAAGGGAGAGAAAGGAGUCCCUUAAGAAUGAGAAAGAACUUGAGAAGAUCUUGAAGAAGAGGCGUUUAGACUUCCUAGAUAUUCUUAUUUGUGCAAAGGAUGAAAAUGGGAAUUCAUUGUCAGAUGAAGACUUGCGUGCCGAAGUGGACACAUUCAUGUUUGAAGGUCAUGACACCACAGCUAGUGGCAUCUCUUGGCUCUUCUAUUGUAUGGCCCAGAAUCCUGAACAUCAGCAGAGAUGCAGAGAAGAGAUAACAGAACUUCUUGGCAAAGAGGGGCAUAUACAAUGGGAUGACCUAGGAAAGAUGCCAUAUGUCACCAUGUGUGUUAAAGAGAGCCUUCGACUUUACCCACCAGUCUACCAAAUAGGGCGAGAACUAAAUGUGCCUGUGACAUUUCCAGAUGGAAGAACAAUACCAAAAGGAAUUUUUGUUAUAUUGGGUAUUAAUACCCUUCACCGAAAUCCUGAGGUCUGGGAAAAUCCUGAGGUCUUUGAUCCGCUAAGAUUUUCCCCGGAAAAUUCAAGUCGUCGCCAUCCUUUUGCCUAUCUUCCUUUUGCUGCUGGGCCAAGGAACUGCAUUGGACAACAAUUUGCCAUGAAUGAGUUGAAAAUUGCUCUCGCCUUGACACUUCUGCGGUUUGAACUUCUGCCUGAUAAUUCCCAGCCCCCCAUUCCCAUCCCACAGACUGUUACCCGAUCCAAGAAUGGAAUACACCUGAAGCUGAAAUCUAUUCACUGAUCUUUGAUAUACAUUACUAUAAUCCCAGCUGAUGCACUUUUGAUACUCUUAAAUAAAUAUAGAUAGCUCAGUAUAUACUGUCCCAUGUACUAUUGGUCUUUGUAUAGAAUUGUUCACAUAACAGGGAUUACUUCUAAAUGUAAUCCCUCCCCCCGAUAUUUUAUUCCAAUAAUACUAUAUAAUAGCGUGAGCAUUGGCUUAUGGUGAUCCUUUGACUACAAACUUCCACAAGCUCAGGGUAUCUUGUUCAGAUCUUGUAAAAUCUGGGUCACAGCUUUCAUGAUUGAUUUAAUAUGGUCUUCCUCUUUCCUGCUGCUUUCCAGUUUACUGAAUUGCAUUGUCUGGUGAAACAAUCAUUCCAGUGAGUCUCAUGACAAUCAUUCCAGUGAGUCUCAUGGCUGCAUGCCAGCAGGUUGAGGGUGAAUCCAGCAAAGACGGAGAUCCUAUGUCUGGGUUGACCGGGCAGUGGGGAUAUCCAGUUGCCUACCCUGGAUGGCGAGGCGCUAUGCCCGUCAUCAUUAAUAAAGAGUCUGGGAGUCCUUUUGGACCCUCUGCUGACGAUGGAAGCCCAGGUCUCUGAAAUUAUUAGAACAGCUUUCUUUCACCUGUGGCAGGCUAGAUGGCUGGCCCCCUAUCUGUCAAAGGACGACCUAGCUACAGUGAUCCAGGCCAUGGUCAUCUCAAGACUGGACUACUGUAACGCCCUCUACAUUGGUCUUCCUUUGUUGGUGAUCCGGAAGCUCAAGUUGGUACAAAAUGCAACUGCUCGACUUCUUGCGGGAGUCCCGAUGAGAUGUCAUAUAACACCAGUCUUACUACAGCUGCACUGGUUACCAAUUGAGCACUGGAUCAUUUUCAAAGUGAUGAUGCUUACCUUUAAGGCCUUACACGGUCUAGGACCAAUGUACCGCCACACCCCCUACCAACCCCAGAGAUCCCUCCGCUCUGAGGACCAAGAUCUGUUGGAAGUUCCCAGUUUUAAGACCUUGCGUCUAACAGCAACUAGACGUAGAGCUUUUACAUCAGUGGCGCCAUCACUCUGGAAUACUCUGCCACCUGAAGUUCGUACCUUGCGGGACUUAACAGUCUUCCGCAGGGCAUGUAAGACACACCUGUUUCGGCAGGAUUUUGAUCUCCGUUAUUGCUGUUUUUAAAUUGCUUAGAUUUUAGCUUGUUUUUGUAAGCCACUCCGAGCCCUGGGGGAGUGUUUUUAAGAUUUUUUUAAAGAUACUUUAAAGAUGUUUUUAAAUUGUUAGAUUUUAGCCUUUCUUGUAAGCCGCCCCGAGCCCUAGGGGAGUGGCGGCAUAUAAGUUUAAAUAAUAAAUAAAUAAAUAAAUAAAUGAUAUGUCCCAAACAUGGAAAUCACAGUGUAGUCACUUUCACUUAUGGUUGAGAGUCCAAGCUUGGUUUACUUUAGAGCCCAUUUAUUUGUCUUUUUUGGCAGUUCAUAGUAUCCACGUUGCUCUCUUUCUGCAUAACAAUUCAAAUUAAUUCAUCUUCUAUCUUCUAUCAUCUUCUUCACUGUCCAGAAAUCAGACAUAGUACGGCAUAUAUGAUUCUGCCUGAAAUGUAAGAAUAAAACUGUAUAUUGAGUGAA